AUGCCCUCGAGUAUAGCUGACCAGUUCAACCACCCAAUUGAAGCAAUUGGGAUCAAUGUCGAUGGUCAACCAGCCAUAUUCGACCCAACGCCCGGUGGCCGACUAUUCGUUCCCCAGAGACGUUUUGGCAGUGCAACCGCCAGGUGUGUUUCAAGGCCAUGGUUUCGCUCCAAUCAUACUGUUGGGGGAACAUCACGUCUCCGUGUCACAGACACAACCUCUCCUCGGCAUAAUUCUAUGCCUCAGCAAUAUGUGCCUCUGGAGGACUGUUAUGAGGACGAUCUGUUUGAAAAUGCCAGCGACUCCUCCUGCUCGGUUUGCGAGUCACUUUUCGAAUAA